AAAAAACACAUCUUUUGCCAAAUAUUUUUCCAAUUACUCGUUCUUUGGGGUAAGCAGUCCAACCAAGGUGUUUUCUAAAAUAAAUAAAACUGUGACUAAAAUAGAAUUAAACCUGUGUAAAAUUAUUUUUAGGCUUUAGAUAAAACGAAGGCCAGAUAUGAAAAAAUACUGCAGUAUGUCAGUUGUUAAAAAUCUCUAUACACUACCACAACAAUAUAUUGUUUAUUUUUUAUUUUAUGCAAACAAAGUCGCAGCAUAAAACUAGUAGGUAUAUUAAUGGAAUAAAAUGACUCGUUUAUCUUUAGUAAUCUUUUUAGCCAACGUCUUAAAUAUUAAUAAUAAACACAUACGAAAUGAACAUACUUAACUUGUAUAUUUUUUGUUAGUUGGCCACAUAAAUAAGCUUGGUCACAAAAGAACUAUAAAAAAUAUAAAAAUGUAUGUUGGUAAGUAAGUACGUCAGAACGUUUAAAACAGGUUCAACGGUUAACAUACAGCCUAUUUUAACGUUUAAGUUACCUUCGAGUUUAAUUAAGUAAGUUUAAAGUCGUAACUUAUUUUAGACAUGAGUGGAAAAAAAUAUCUGUAACUUUGAGAAUUUAUUUUAUUCAGAGACAUAAAUCUUUGUGCAAAGGUUCUGCUUAUUCGUAAAGAAAGCCAUUAAAUAACCAAAAUCUCAAAAGUUUGUAAUCUAAUUAAGUGAACUUGUAGUGGGACCUACACUAAUUGUUGACGCAUCAAUAUUGUUCAUACUGUACUUGCAUUGUGUUCGCCUCCUCAGUUGUCCCGUAUAUCGCACUACCAACGCACGCUACUAAAUAUUGUGACUGUACCAAAUCGUAUGUAACCUAAUUGGAGUCAGAAAAUAAAAGUGUAUUAAUUAGUAUUCGGUUUAUUUACUUAUCUCUGAACACGACACCCCACCAUCUAAAUUGGUGACCCCGUGUGGAGAAAGUGUGAACUGUAACCAGUGAAUUUGGACUUGUAAUUCAGUGAAUCGGACGACCGGGGCAACUCACACAAGUGUACGUAGUGUCGGCUUAAUAUUAGUGCGCGUCAAAUUAAGAAAAUUAUAAUGUCGUCGGAAGACAAGAAGGUCGUUAUUGAAGAACAUCAACUGUCGUCCAUCUCCAUCACAGCUAGAAUUCCGGAAUUUUGGAAGAAGUCGCCUAGAACAUGGUUUAUCCAAGCAGAAGCAGUUCUAAAUCCUCAGAAGAUGUCCGACGAAUCAAAGUACCAGGUCCUUAUUUCAAAAUUACCCCCGGACGCAGUUGAGCAAGUUACACAGAUCCUUGUGGAUCCCCCUGAGAAAAAUAAAUAUGAGACCUUGAAGAAUAAGUUGAUAUUUAUAUAUCAAGAAUCCGAAGAGCGGCAAGUAAAAAAACUCAUUGGCGAAAUGGAAUUAGGCGACCAGAAACCAUCACAAUUACUAAGAAAAAUGCAAGACCUAGCCAGGGGACGAGUAAAUAACGAAACACUCAUAGUUAUGUGGCAGAAUCAUUUACCAAAUUCGGUGCGAGGAGUUUUAGCUGUAACGGAAGAAAAAGAUUUAGAGAAAUUAGCAUCAAUAGCGGAUAAAAUAAUGGAAACGACGACUCCCAUACACAGUGUUGCGACUGUCAAACAGGAACCAGGCCCAUCCGGUUCUCAGGACCAAAUUAUUUCGGCAAUAAACAAAUUGAGUGAUAGAUUACAAAAUUUAGAGUCAAGAUCACGAGGCCGUUCAAAUAACUGGCGAAGGAAUAACUUUAGACGCAACAGAUCCAGGUCAGGGUCAAGAAGUCGCACAAGGAAAUUCGAAGAUCCAAAUUGGUUAUGUUUUUACCAUUAUAAGUAUCGCAGCAAGGCAACUAAAUGUGUGGAUCCAUGUAACUGGAAGAAAAAACACGACAAGGACAAGCCAGCGGAAAACUAGAGUCGGUGCAGUCUGCGACGGGAGGCUGUGACCGUGCCUUCGGGAAUCACCGUCUGUGUGUCAGAGGCAGGAAAUCGGGCUUAAACUUCUUAGUGGAUAGUGGUGCAAACGUGUCAGUGUUACCGCGGAAAGUAGCCUACAUGAAAGGUAAUACAAGUGAGUGUUGUUAUAAACUCUUUGCCGCAAAUGGAACUCAGAUUAACACGUAUGGUACAUUGUACUUAGAAUUAGAUUUAAAUCUAAGACGAGCAUUCCGUUGGUUAUUUACAUUAGCGGACGUACAGCAACCAAUAUUAGGUGCUGACUUCUUAGCUAAUUUUCAGUUGUUAAUUGACUUGAACGGACGAAGGUUAAUCGAUCAAGUAACUAAUUUAAGCACCAAAGGCAAUCUUUCUAAUUCUAGUGAGCCCACUUUGAAAACUAUCGUAAAUAAUUGCCCUUAUUAUGAUUUAUUAUGUGAAUUUCCAGAACUAACUAAACCAGUUUCGUACAAAGAAACGCCUAAACAUAAUGUUUGUCAUCACAUUGAGACCACAGGACCUCCAGUGCACGCACGAGCCAGGCAGUUACCACCAGACAGGUACGUAAAAGCUAAAAAUGAGUUUAAGAUUAUGCAAGAGCUUGGGAUUUGUAGGCCGAGUAAAAGCGCUUGGGCAAGUCCCUUGCAUGUUGUUCCUAAGAAGGACGGGAAUAUUAGACCUUGUGGAGAUUAUAGACGUUUAAAUGCGAUUACCAAGCCUGAUCGAUAUCCAGUUCCCCGUCUUCAUGAUUUUACGUAUAUGUUAGAUAAUAAAAAGGUUUUCUCAAAGCUAGAUAUAAAUAGAGCCUAUUAUUGUGUGCCAGUUUCGGAAAAUGACAUUGAGAAAACUGCCGUCAUAACACCGUUUGGUUUAUUCGAAUUCGUGCGUAUGCCAUUUGGAUUAAGAAAUGCUGCACAAACUUUUCAACGUUUUAUGCAUCAUACCGUUUUACAAGACUUAGAUUUUCUUUUCAAUUACGUAGAUGACGUCAUCAUUGCAUCGGAAAAUGAAGAGCAGCAUAGAGAACAUUUACGAAAAGUUUUUGAACGUUUUAAUGAAUUUGGUAUAACGAUUAAUUUUUCAAAGUGUAGUUUUGGUAAAGAUAAAUUAGAGUUUUUGGGUUUUGAGGUCUCUACAGAAGGAAUCAAACCAUUAGAAGAUAAAGUUAAAGCGAUUAUUGAUUUUCCAAAGCCGGAUACUAUAGAGGAACUUAGAAGAUUUUUAGGCAUGUUAAAUUUUUAUAGAGCUCAUAUACCUCAUUCAGCUGAUCAUCAGGCAGCGUUAAAUAAAUAUUUAGGGAAUUCAAAGCGUAAGGAUAAAAGUAAAAUCAAUUGGACACCUGAAGCUACGGAAAAUUUUGAAAAAUGUAAAGAUGAUCUUAAAAAUGCUACCUUAUUGUAUUUCCCAUUGGCACAUACACCUUUGUCAUUGAUGACGGACGCAUCAGACACAAGUGUAGGUGCAGUAUUGCAACAAAAAGUUGAUGGAAAUUGGAAACCUUUAGGAUAUUUUUCGAAAAAAUUAACUGAAGCACAAAAGAAAUAUAGUACAUAUGAUAGAGAACUUUUAGCAAUUUAUUUAGCAAUCAUACAUUUUCGUAAUUUAGUUGAAGGACA